CGAACGGAAAGGCAAUAGAUAUUAAUUAUUACAUAAGAAAAGGAAACAGUGCGCAUUCCGCCUGCCGAUAGUCUUGUGUCCAGUUGCGUCAUGGAGGAAUACGCGAGAGAGCCGUGCCCAUGGCGCAUCGUGGAUGACUGUGGGGGUGCCUUCACUAUGGGGGUCAUUGGAGGUGGGCUCUUCCAGGCAGUUAAAGGCUUCAGGAAUGCUCCAAGUGGCAUGUCACGCCGCAUGACUGGCAGUUUGGUGGCAGUGAAGCAGCGUGCACCUAUCGUCGGUGGACAGUUCGCUGUGUGGGGUGGACUCUUCUCCACCAUAGACUGCUCACUGGUGUACAUGCGCAAGAAGGAGGACCCGUGGAACUCUAUCAUCUCUGGCGCGGCAACGGGGGGCAUUUUGGCAGCAAGAAGUGGUGUUGUGGCCAUGACAGGCAGUGCGGUGAUUGGCGGCAUGCUGCUGGCCAUGAUUGAGGGUGUUGGCAUCCUAGUGACACGCUUCACGUCAGACCAGUUCAAGCCACAGGCUCCUGGGGAGAUGUCUGACCCCUCAGUGCUGGGUCCUUCAGUACUUAACCCUGAUGCAAACUAUCAGUAGCCAGUUCAGUUUUUGUAACAAGGUAUCAAUAUACUGUCCCAGAAGGAAGUGGGCACAGAGAUUUUGACAAUUUCUAACAUGUCUUUUGUAUGAUAUUAUGGUACUGCAAACUGUUAUAUGUUUAUAUCUAGAACUAUUUGUACAGACUUGUACUUCUGUCAACUUAAAAUGCUGAAGGAAACAUAACUAAUAAUAUUGCUCUGGUUGCAUUGGAAAUAUUAUGUUCACACAGUCAGUCAGAUAGGUCAAGGGACCAGGAGGUCACCAAGCUCAAGCUCAGGGGAUGAGGAUGGAUGCUGUUGUGGGUAUGAACCUGCUAUGAGCAUAGCUUCCUCUUCUUGUCUUGCCCUGGGUUAGAGGAAAAUAGAUCACCACUGGUUGUGUGUGUCAGGAGAGUAAAGUGGGUAGCCUGAGUCUUGCUAAUGAACCAUGGCAGAUAUCACAGUACUACUGUUAAUCUUCAGCAAACGUGACAGACUAAAGAACAUGACUUGGAUGGAAGUGUGUGGUAGCAGAUAUGAUUUUAUAAAGAGUUUGAAUAGAGAAGCCAACAUAUAAAUCACUCCAGCUUUGUUCAGGGAAAUACAACAGUUCAAAGUCUCUCCUAUAUAAAACUGUUGUUGCUUUAUUUUCAUGUGUGUGUGUGUGUUUGUAUUAGAAGCUGAACUAUUGCAUAUGAAUCUUCAGCAUCAUUAUUUUGUCUUGUAUGUAUCAGAUAUGUUGCUAUGACAAUUGUAUAUGAAACAGUAAGACUCUAGGAUGUAGAUGAAAAAUGGAGCUGCUGAAGUAAACAAACCACCUAAUGGACAAAUAUCUGCUUUCAGAACAGGAACACUAGACUGAUGCUGUGUUGUGUAGUCCAUUGCUCACUCACCUACAAGCAGUUGUUCAGUAUCAGAGCUUGGGUGAAGAGAAUCUAUUAGGGUGUAACUUUUUAAACCUUCACAUGUAUGAGAUGCAACACUCCCUGAUUACCUCGCUGGCUUACUGGAGGUAGGGACUGAUGCUUCAUGUACAUGGUGAAGGAUGCAUAUAUUAAAGUGAAGAGGAGUACAAAGCCAACACUUUCUUACGGGGCUCUAAAUCCAAUACAGGUGUUUUUGUUAAACAUUACCAACCUCUCAGGGAAUGUGGUGAUGCAGCUGAUCUCCCUUUGCAGCAUCCCCUGAGAAGGAUGACAAUGUACAGUGUUAAUUCUGUAAAUAGGAGUGUCUCAUGGAAAGGAUGGAAGGAUUGUAUGUAUCAUGCUUGCUUUGUAGCUGAUGUGUAUGCUAUUAAUAUAUCUACAUAGUUCUUUUUGUA